AUGUUUGCUGGGAGUGCAGUUGCUUUCGUCCGUGCCGCGAUCAGUAUCACUGAGCACCUCGUUCUGGAAGCAUGGCUGCUAUUUGCUACCUGGGUAGUUUUGUUGGCUCAGUAUGUGAUGAUUGCUGUGGAACCACUGCAUACACCUCAAUGCUCCGCUGCGGAGAAUGCCCUGAUGAGGGCCCGUAAUACGAAGAUAGGCGUUAUGACGGAGGUCCUGCAGGGUAUUCGACAGGUGAAGUUUGCAGGACUUGAGAGAAAAUGGGAGGCGAAGAUCAAUCAAUUGCGCAAUAAUGAGCUGCAAGCGCAACAGACAUCGUUUAACUGGCAAGUCAUAUACGUGACUCUCCAUCUUCUAGGUCCGCGUUGUGGACGGUGGGUUCUUGAUAAUAUGAUGGUCUACGUGGCCCAGACCCCCUGGAUUGAAGCCGGAACUGUACGUGAUAAUAUCCUCUAUGGACUGCCGUUUGAGCCAAAGAGAUAUUGGGAUGUUAUGAGAGCUUGUGCAUUGGUCCACGAUAUCGAUGACUUUGAAGAGCGUGAUAUGACUGAUAUCGGACCCGGCGGCAUCAAUCUCAGUGGCGGGCAAAGGACACGUAUAAGCCUUGCACGUACUAUCUAUUCCCGAGCUGGUAUUCUUCUUCUUGAUGAUAUCUUCAGUGCUGUGGAUGUCCACACGGCUCAGCAUCUGUUUGAUCAUGCUUUGACAGGCGAAUUGGCUAAGGGACGGACUAGAAUCUUGGUUACGCACCAUGUUGGCCUAUGUAUCGCAAAGGCUGACUACAUGAUACGGUUGGAUAAUGGGAGAGAUGAAGAUGUUAGCAUUACGAGAGAUGAGGGUCAUGCUCAACACUCUCAAACACAGGAACAAGGAACAAGGAACAUGAAAACCGCCGGGCUAUAUUUUCGCAAACAUAUUGCUCAUCCUCCAUAUGAUACAGCUCUUCAACACAAUGGCCAAAGUCAGGUCAUAACCAAGCCUACAAAUUCGGAAAGAUACAGGAAAUUUGUGCCAGAUGAGACUCGCGAGCAAGGCGCAUCAAUGUUCUGGUGGGUAAGCAUCUGGACCAAAAACGACUCUGACGUGUGGUUUUAUCUAAGAAACUAUUUUGGACUUGCAAUCGCAGCGUGUCUACUGGGAACUUUGCGAACUUAUGUUGCUCUUGCGAUAUCUCUUCGCUCAUCUAAAAGCCUUUUUCGCCAGCUCCUUUACGUUUUGCUACGAACACCAUUACAAUGGGCCGAUGCAGUUCCAAUAGGAUGUCUUCUCAAUAGGUUCACGGCUGAUUUCUACCUAAUGGAUUCUCGGCUGGGGUUCGACUUUAUGGGGUUUCUCAGUGCCGGCAUGGACUGCAUAUGUGUCAUUAUGGGCGCCGUACUAGUUCGCCCGAUAUUGAUCCCGUUUGCCAUGUUGUUAAUAUAUGCAACCUUCUGGUACACUCGUCUGUACCUUUCAGCAGCUCGCGAAGUAAAGCGCCUCGAGUGUAUUGCCAGAAGCCCAAUAUAUCAACAAUUCAGCUCAGCUUUUCAGGGGAUAGUGACGAUCCGAGCGUAUCGCCGUACAUAUUAUUAUAUGGCCGUUCAUACCAAGAUCGAUCGGCACGCACAGGCUGUAUGGCAUCUUUGUCUAUUUAAUCAGUGGUUCACAUUUUGGGUCAAUGCUUUAGGUGCUUUAUUUUCCACCGCGACAGCAUUCGCUGUUAUAUGGAGAAAUAACAUUACCGGCUCCAUAGCUGGUUUUGCAAUGGUGUUCACGAACCAUUUAUGUUUCGCCCUGAUUUCUCUGAGCCGGACCUACGCAACCCUGGAGAUGGAUAUGAAUGGCAUCGAACGGAUACUGGAGUAUUCGAACCUCCCCAUGGAAGGUGGCAUGGGAGAUACCGCCCCUCUAUCAUGGCCUACGGACGGCCGGAUUGUCGUCAAAGAUCUCACAGUAGGGUACAGUCAAGACCUGCCACCAGUGUUGUGCAAUGUCAGCUUUCAUGUAGAGCCGCGGCAACGCAUCGGGAUUGUUGGCCGCACAGGUGCAGGGAAGUCGUCGCUAGCACUGACGUUAUUUCGGUUCCUAGAGGCAUCUGGAAUGUUUACGCAGUCGAUUAGCAAUUAUACCUCAAAACCCAGUCCUGUUUUCAGGAACGUGCGCUCCAAUCUUGACCCAUUCGGUGAGCUCGGCGAAGACGUGUUGUUGCAUUCCUUAGAGCAGGUCCAUUGGUCUGCUAAAGGGGUAACAUCUUUGAGCAUGUUACAUACUGCAGUGUCCAAUGGAGGGUCCAAUCUAUCCCAUGGACAGCGACAGUUGCUGUGUCUUGAUCGAGCAUUACUUUCGAAACCGGCCGUUUUGAUUCUUGACGAAGCCACGUCCGCUGUUGACAAAGAAACAGACGAGCUCAUCCAACAAUCGAUUCGGUCUUGUUGCAACGAUACUACAUUGCUUGUUAUCGCGCAUCGUAUUCAAACUAUAGUCGACUUUGAUCGAAUUUUGGUUCUUGACAAUGGAAAGGUGGUGGAAUUCGGGCCUCCCGCAGAGUUAAUAAAAAGGGACAAUGGGUUCUUUCGACACAUGGUGGAAAAUGACGUAUGCCAGAAGCAUCUUGAAAAAGAUAUCCAUGAGCGCUCUGUAGCAUAUGAAAUGACUAGUUAA